UGCCAAAAAGACCAUCGAGAGCAGAGAGGCCACAUCAUAACGAAAACCCAGCACAGCAGCGCCAACUUUUCCUGCGAAAAAAGUGUCGAGAAAUCCCCGGUAUGGAGAGGUCUGUCAGGUUUGCCAUGGUGUGCGCCGGAGUCUCUCUGCUCAUCUCCUGCCAUCCUAUCGAGGCGUGGUACAAGCAGUCGACCGGGCCCAGUUACUACUCGGUGGGGCGUGCCUCCGGCUUGCUGUCCGGCAUCAGGAGGUCGCCGUACGUCCGGAGGUCCGAGUCCGAGGAAACGGUGAUCGACAGCGGGGAGACGGCAGGUAACAACGUGGUCCCAGAGGGCAGGCAGAUCUCCAUCCUCAAAAGCAUGGCCAUUUGCGUGAAGGACAUCUCUCCAAACCUGAAGAGCUGCGAGCUGCUCCGGGACGGGACGGGCACCUUCCAGUGCAAGGCGGACGUUUUCCUCACCCUGGACUCCCUGGACUGCCUGUCCGCGUGAGUCCCGCUCGGGUUGGCGGAGGCGGCCGCGCGCUCCCCGUGCAGGUGCUCCACCGGACACCGGGACCGCUUCUCUGGAGCCGGAAAGUGAAGAUGGGUGGCGUGGAGCGGGGAAGACGCGCAGAGAGAAAAAAACCCCAAACCCGAUCAUUUUUGAUGAUGGACCGCUGCAGACUUCGAAUGUUCUGUCUUAUUUCUAAAAAAAGAAAAAAAUAAAUGUUUUGCUUGGUUGCGUAGAAGAAUAGAAGAAAAAACGAGAAAAAAGAAAAAAUAAGAAACACACCCAAAAGCGGGCUGUGCGAGAGAUGUUAGUUAAAUCUUCUGUUCAUCUCCUACUUUGCAAAUGACUCCCACAUCCUUGCUGUGUCUACCCCCUCACUUGUACCCGCAUUGCAAAAAUGUAUUAAAUGUCAAGAGUGUUGACUGCAGAGCAGAAUUUCUGAAAAGUACUUUUAUUUAUUUUAUCUAUUAAAACGAACAAACACUGGUAA